AAUAUAGACUACCAGACUACAGAAUCUUUCCAGUUUAGUCGGCAGCGUCUUUGACAUACAGGAACUUCUUUACAAGUCUACCAUAGUCGCUAGUAUAACACAAUGCCAUUCGUUCCGGUAGAGACACCCAAAUGCCCAGCCUGUGGCAAAUCGGUUUACGCCGCUGAAGAGCGCGUUGCUGGUGGCUACAAAUUCCAUAAGACUUGCUUCAAGUGCAGUAUGUGCAAUAAGGCCUUGGACUCGACAAACUGCACCGAGCACGAAAAGACACUGUUCUGCAAAAAUUGCCACGGACGCAAGUAUGGUCCCAAGGGUUAUGGAUUCGGCGGUGGUGCUGGCUGCUUGUCCACGGAUACGGGUGCUCAUUUAAAUAGAGAUUAAGUUAAUGGUUCCUGCUAACUAUGAUUUGAUUAAUUCAAUUGUUUCGACGAGAGUCGUGCAAUUAUAAUUCAUAUCUUGGACCCUAUGUGUUAUAAUUUUCCUGAUAUAUGUGAAUCUUAUGAAAAUCAAAUAUUUUUGUAUUCAUUUUCA